CUUCCAUGAAUUAAACCAUAAUUUUUUCGAUUCCCUGAUAUCGAUAACGCACGAUCUAUAUAAACUGCUGUGCCCAGAAUGCAACAUCUUAAAUUAUCAAAAUGUCACUCAAACUGAUUAUUUAUAUUACCUUUCUCGUGGCGAUCGCCUCUGCAAAGCCCUAUCGUGGCUUCAGAAUACCGUUAUUGGAGACUCGCAUAGUCGGAGGAAACGAGGCUAGACAAGGACAAUACCCAUGGCAAGUUUCUUUGCAAUGGGGAUGGUUGUCCGCUACCUCUCACUUCUGCGGUGGUUCCAUUUUAUCCGACCGAUGGAUAAUCACGGCUGGACACUGUGCCCGGGCUAUUCCGAGCUACGGUGAUUUCAUAGUCAAAGCCGGAAAGCACGACUUGAAAGUAGUAGAAAGCACCGAGCAAAGUAUCGCGGUUAAGAGUAUAUUCGUGCACAAUAAAUACACAGGAAACGUGGCUCCCUACGAUAUUGCGCUACUGAAACUGAAGAAACCUUUGAAAUUGGGUGGUGCUGUUCAAGCGAUUAAUCUUCCAAGUAUGCCAUCGAACACAACCGGAAACGCGACUUUGACUGGUUGGGGAUCGAUAUCGAGGACCAAUACCCCGUUAAUGCCCAGCAAACUUCAAACCGUCGAUUUGCCGUUAAUCAAUCUGAAUACUUGCAAACAAGCCAUAGAAGAACUUACUGGUCCAUCACCAUUGCACGAGACUAACAUUUGCACUGGACCGCUCACCGGUGGUUUCUCCGCGUGUAACGGCGAUUCUGGCGGCCCACUGGCUCUUAACGCGACUGGAAGAGCCGAACUCAUUGGAAUCGUUUCUUGGGGAAUCUUCCCAUGUGGAACCGUCGGUGCACCGUCUGUAUACACCAACAUUUCCUCCUUCGUCACCUGGAUUGGAAACAUCAUGGCGAGGAAUUAAAUAAUUUAAUUCUUAAUAAUCUUUAUUAAUUAAAGUGUUUUGACGUAUACGAUAUAAAAAUAUAAAAUGCACGUGUUGUGAGUAUAUUACGAA